AUGGCUCGAAUGAAUCGCCCAGCUCCUGUGGAAGUCACAUACAAGAACAUGAGAUUUCUUAUUACACACAAUCCAACCAAUGCGACCUUAAACAAAUUUAUAGAGGAACUUAAAAAGUAUGGUGUUACCACAAUAGUUAGAGUAUGUGAAGCAACUUAUGACACUACUCUUGUGGAGAAAGAAGGCAUCCAUGUUCUUGAUUGGCCUUUUGAUGAUGGUGCACCACCAUCCAACCAGAUUGUUGAUGACUGGUUAGGUCUUGUAAAAAUUAAGUUUCGUGAAGAACCUGGUUGUUGUAUUGCUGUUCAUUGUGUUGCAGGCCUUGGGAGAGCUCCGGUGCUUGUUGCCCUAGCAUUAAUUGAAGGUGGAAUGAAAUAUGAAGAUGCAGUACAAUUCAUAAGACAAAAGCGGCGUGGAGCUUUUAACAGCAAGCAGCUUUUGUAUUUGGAGAAGUAUCGUCCUAAAAUGCGGCUGCGCUUUAAAGACUCCAAUGGUCAUAGAAACAACUGUUGCAUUCAGUAGAACGGGUGCCUGAUGCCAUUGCUUUGGAAGUGGAACUUGAGAUAGGACCUAAUUUGUCAUACAUAUUAGCCAACAUACUGGCUUGGUAAAUAAAUCUAAUGAAGCUUUCAUAGGAGUACUGAAAAGCAGUUCUACCAGGCCACAAGCUCGACAGGAUUACCACCUCUAUGUUUGGGUUUCAGUCAGCCUAUUGUUACACUUAACGAAAGAUUCUUACCCUUCAGCUUUAAAAUGUGCUUAUCAGUUGUACCAGUUGACUUUUUCUGAAAUCAUGCAGUAUUGAGUUAUAUCUUUAAAUUUAUUCCCAUGCCAGAAUUGUAUCAAUAUAUGAGAUUUAGAAAGAUUAGGUGCCAAAAUGUCCAGCACUGUACUUGUAUAUUUUUAGUAUCAUACAGAACUAAAAUCCCAGGAACUAUGAACACUCUGGACCUUAUGUGUUUAAUCCCUUCAGUCAUUUCAAACAAAGAAAGUAGGGCCUAUCUGGUUAUUUGCCUGCUCACUUUAUGUUUACAUCUCCCACAUGCAAGUAUACAUCAGGUUUGCUCAACUUAUUGAUUUUUAUACCAAGUCUUAGUGAUUAUUUAAUGUCUUUCUAUAAAUAUCAUUUUGUGCUAUUGUGAAAAGCCUCCAUUUUGAAAAUCUACAUUGUACAGAAGCACAUGUCUUUAAUGUCUCCAGACAAAAAGCCUUACAGUUAAUUUAAUGUUUGCACUUGGGGUGCAACUUAUAGGGAGGGCCUGAGAAAAGAACGGGAGGGGGGGCUAUUGAGUAUUUUUAGUAAAAUAUUGCCUUUGUCUUGUGUGGAAUAUGUAGAAUAAUGCUCUUUAGUAAAUAUUUUUUUAAAGGUAAAGGUAGAGAUGCUUUGUUGUAGCUGAAACAAUUCUUAAUCAUAAAAAUUCUGAAAUUAUAUUUGUUUUCAUACAUUCUGUUUACCAACUUUUGUUUGACGUGUGAUUUUUUUCUUCCCACCCUCUCUUGCAAAAAAAAAAAUGGGUUUCUGCUAAUGAAUUGAGCAGACAUCUAAUAUUUUAUAUGCUUUUUGAGCUGUGUAACUUAAUAUUUGGAUACUUGAUCAUUUGUUUUAUUAUGUAAUUGAUAAAAUGGUGAUGUGUAUUAAUGUUAGUUCAACCAUAUAUUUAUACUGUCUGGGAAUGUGUGGUUAUAGUUCUGUGGGAGAAAUAAUUUGUCAGUGUUCACCAGCUUGUAAAAAGUCUAGUGCGAGAGCUUAAACAUCUAAAUAAAUAAUGAAAUGCAUUUAUCAUCA